AUUUCACACUGCCUGUAUCCGUUUUCAGUAUGUGCUCCCGAAACUUGCCUCCAGGUGUUUACUUCGAUUCGAAGCUCGCAUAGGACUUAAUUUCGAUCGGAACCAAAUUAAAAGAGGCAAAUCUAACAACAAGAAGCCCAGUGAUAUCCACUAUUAUCCUCUCACCUGUUACAGAGCCGCACCGACAGCAGUGUCUGCAUUACUCGUCAGAGACAGUAGUGCGGUUGGGUCUGGAUAACCGAGAAGUGCUACGUUUUAAUAGCUUUUUUCGACUUCUCGGAAGUCACUGGAAUAUCGUUUAGGAAGUGAAAACUUCACUGUUUACCGCGAAGCAAGUCAAUCAUUGGUUACAUAUUGCUCACGCAGUCCGCAUGCCAGCACACCGACUCCCACGACGUGCAUUAUUUGCGCGCCGGUGGUGCGGUUGAAAGAGGAGGAGGAGGGGAGGUCAAGUGAUGACUUGAUCGAGUCUUCUACACAAUGACAAAGCGUCGAUCACGUAUAGCGUGCAUGCAUAUACCUGGAAGCAAUUCUGCAUCGUUCGGCUCUCCAAAUCACAACGCACAACCCAAUUUCCCCACUCUUCGCGGCGUCUCUCCCGUUCGUUUGAGCUCGAAAACGCUUCAAGCAAUCAGCGUCAGUUGUCCUACGUUGAACGACGAGUGCACAACUACUGGGUUGAAUCCGCUUCCAUCAAUGGGUAACGCCACCUUCAAGCCCAGAUACACCGUUCUGUUCAGUCAUGGCAACGCUGUGGAUAUUGGCCAGAUGGCUGGCUUCCUACAGUCACUGGCCUACAGAUUUGGCGUGGAUAUCGUAUGUUAUGAUUAUUCUGGAUACGGAGUCAGCACUGGACUGCGUCUAGAGGAGAAUUUAUACGCCGACGCGGAAGCGGUUUUGCACGAAGUCCGCGAACGCUAUGAGGUUCCUCUUGAACGGAUUGUUCUAUAUGGUCAAAGCAUUGGAACCGCCCCCACCGUUUAUUUGGCCACAAAGUACAAGGUUGCUGGGGUUGUUUUGCAUUCUCCUUUCAUGUCUGGCCUUCGUGUCGUGUGUCCUGGUACAACACGCCGGUUCUGCUUCGAUCCAUUCACAAACAUCGACAAAGUUUCGCAGAUCCUUUCACCCACCUUAAUUAUCCAUGGGACAGAUGAUGAAAUCAUCGGAAUCCACCAUGGACGCGAGCUGUUUUCUCGUCUUACUCAUCCUCUGGAACCGGCUUGGAUCGAUGGGGCUGGUCACAACGACAUUGAAUUGUUUUCAGAAUAUGCCGCUCGGUUGGAUCGGUUCUUCAACGAAGAUUUAGCCGCUUCAGGUGGCUAUGGCGAUAGUGGUGAUGAAUGCUUUGUUUCAACGACUACGGUCGAGCUCUGUCCGAGGCGUAGCCCAAAACAUUUUUCCUUAAAGCGUUCUGAGUUUACUCGAAACAAAACGUCGAAUGUUCCUGAUACUAUAUGCAACCGGUCACCAACGCUGCAGCACUCCGACUCCAGUUCCACACUCGGCACACCGGACAAUUCGGAAUCUCAGUUAUCUUCUAACUCAGUGGAAGACGCACGAAUCACCACAAAGUGUGAUCCUGAACCUGCUCGUUACCAUGCCGUCAGAUCGAACACCAUAGUGGCAUGCGUUUACGAUAAACAUGCAAUCGGUUCAACCGACACCCACAUAAAGCGCCGCGUUUGGACGAUGCGGAAGGAGUCUACCGUAAAUCUGUCAGAGGCGCGUCUUAAAGUCGUUCACAACUCACUUGAACUCGGAAACACAAAUGAGCCAAAACAUGCGAUGCACUCUGUUCAUGAGGUUGUCCCAGGUGACGUCAUUCCUCGCUUCCUUCCUCUCGAAGCUCUGGCACACACUGAUAUCUGCUCUGAGACUCUGGACACCACCGGAGAGGAAACGGAGUCAUGUGCUCAGGUUCGUAGUGUAGUUUAUCCGUCUGGUUCUGUUGCUUUUUCUAUCAGCUAUGUGGUCACCGGAUUUCUGACGGGAAGCAGUCGUUUCUUUGAUUCCCUCGUAUCAUUUUUGCCUAUCGCGAUGUGUUGA